AUGGACUCCGCGAACAGCGCCCGGCCUUCGGUCGGAAGUCCCCCGACGGCGCCAGUCGGGGGUAUUCAAAAAGGCCGCCAGCGGACCAUCACUGCGUGUCUAACGUGUCGUCGUCGGAAAGUCAAGUGCGACCAUGCGCAGCCUGUCUGCUCCCCUUGCCAGCGGGGAAAUCGGGUUUGUACAUACGUGAAUCCCCAAUUAUCGUCGCAGGCGCAACCCCACUCUACGGCCAACCGCGUGUCGCGACCUAACCUACGGUCUGGACAAGACGAGAUCAGGAACCGUUUGGAGAGACUGGAGAAGCUCCUAGAAAGAGCGAUCGCUGGUGGUGGUGAGAAUGCCUCACCACUGUUGGAUGCGCAAGGUCCUGGCAUGGACACGCCGCAUGAUGAGCAAAGAGGUGCCACUGGUGGGGCGAUGCCCGAUCCCAGGAACGAAACUCUGUCAGUAGAUGGAUACGAUGGUGCCUUGCUCUUAGAACCGGAAAGUGGUCAGUCGCGAUGGGUCUCGUCCUUACAUUACGCGCUGCUGGCGGACGAGAUCCACGACGUGAAAAUGCUACUUGGUGAUCAAGCACGGGGUGUUCCUGGGGACAGUCCCUCCUCCGAGCGGGAAACCACUCCCUUCCCGCUUUCCAACGCCGGGAGCGACAGUCUGACGGCGUGGCUUCCCAGGUCCGCAGAAGACUGCUUUGCAUUGCUAGAAAUCUUCUUUGCCAAUGUCGAUCCAAUGACACGCCUGGUGCACAAGCCCUCCCUCCGACGACGCCUUAAGCUUUAUGUGCACCAAAACUAUGGCAUCAUGAAUCAGGACGCGCAUGAGGAAAGCGAAGGAUCUGUGCCGGACCCCUCGAUCCACACCUUUGAGCCCUUGGCCUUGGCUCUUUUUUAUUCAGCUGUGAAUAGCAUGCCGCCGGAAUCCGUACUCGGGCAGUUCUCUGCCGAUAAGGAGAUGCUGCUGGCCCAGUUCCAACGGGGAGUGGAGCUAGGGCUUGGAAGAGAAGGCUUUUUGACAACCCCAAGUAUCGAAGUACUACAGGCAUUUGUUCUCCUUCUGACCUGUCAAUCACGGGAAGAUGAUAUGUCAAGAACUUGGACUCUGCUUGGUCUCGCUGUCAGGAUGGCACUCUCUCAAGGCCUCCACAGAGAGCCUUCCCUGUUCCCCUCAAAAAACAUGGACGUCAUCCAGGUGGAAAUUCGCCGCCGUUUAUGGCACCAAAUAUGUCAUCUCGAUUUUAGAUCUGCGGAGGCCAGGGGCCAGGAGCCAACUAUUGCUGACGAGGAUUACACAACUCUGCUACCUAGGAAUGUUGAUGAUGAAGACCUUGUGGAGGGAGCACAUCCCACCACCGAAACCUAUUCCCCACCGGGAUUCACAGACAUGACAGGACACUUGAUCCGACUCAAUGGAAUCCAUUGUUUCAGGAGAAUUGUGCGAAGCACUUACCGCUUAGAACGACGGAUCAAGGCCUCAGCUUUCCAAGGAAAUGCCAGUCUGUAUCCAAUUGCCGAACUCCAGGCUUUGUUUAUCGAAGUUCGCAAUAUGGUAGACGACAUGGCCUCGCAUAUCCAAUCACAGUAUUUGCAGUUCUGUGAUUCCAAUAUACCAAUGCAGCGGCUUGCACUUGGUCUUGCGGCAAUUAUUGAAUGGAGAUGUUGGUCAAUCUUCUGGCUGCGCACCCCAAAACAAUACCGGGAGGCAGUGGUGAACCCAGAAAUCCGUCAAACCGUAUUGGAAAAGUCCGUGAGCUUGAUGGAAAGCAUGAAUAUGAUCACAGACGACAAAGACGCUCAAAGGUUCCAAUGGCAUAUCGGAGGCCAUUCCUGUUUCCAAGCCAUCAUGCAUAUCGUUUCGGAGCUAGAAACACCGGAGUUCCAGGCGUCUAAUCACAAUAUGCUACGUUCUCGUGCCCUGACUGUCCUUCGAAGUACAAUGAACAUGAAAGGACGUGAAAUCAGCUCAACGUGGAACGUUAUCAACCGAAUCAUCUCAAACUGUCUGGCUAAGAACUCCCCACAGUCAUUCCCCCUAACUCCAUACUCAGCCCUUUUCCCUCCAAAUGCAAUGAUACCCGACAUCGGCACAACGACAUCUAUGGCUCCUCCCCAGACAUUUGCAGAGGUCUCCUCAGUGUCAGGGAACCCAGUCAUCGAGACUUCGUUGCCCGACCUUGCUGAGCUGGGAAGCCUGGACAUGCAGGAUCCAUCCAUGUCCUUUGACUGGGUUGGUUACCCGACGAUUCUACGAACAGGCUUUUGCUAA